AGCGUUUUGUUGGAAGCCAUUAUAUAUAUUUUUUACUUAUUUAGGACGAUGUGAAGCAGGUCCUCUUGGGUCUCUCUCUCGCUUUUCCCUCCCUCGGAUAAUCACUGUGAAACAGUGGUAGAAAAAGAAAAAAAAGGAAAAGAAGGAAAAGGAAAAAGAAUUACAGACACUGAAUAAUCAACAGGCCAUGGCGGUUGUUGAGAAUGCUUCGAAUCAAGAUGCGGCUGCAGCAGCAGUAGCAUCAAACGAUCAGGAUCAGUCAAAGCAAAACCAUGUUCGGUCAAGAAUCGAUCCGAGCUUACACCAGAACGAUCAGGGGUUGUACAACAAGAUCGGUGGUCCCCAUCAUCGAUCCAACGGCGGGGAUUUGCAGAGGAGCAAUGGUGGUGGUGGUGAUGAAGUUGGGGAUAGCUUCAAGAGAGAUAUGAGAGAGUUGCAGGAACUAUUCUCUAAACUUAACCCCAUGGCUGAAGAGUUCGUGCCUCAUUCACUUGCCAACCAUGGACUUAAUGGAGGGUUUUACACUGACAACUCUUUUUUGCAUAACAACAAUAACAUCACAAGGAAUGGCCAUGCUAAUGGCAAUGGUGCUGGUAGACGGAAGAAAAAUUUCAGUCAAGGGAAACGGAGAUUGAACAGCAGGACAAGUAUGGCCCAGAGGGAAGAGAUUAUCCGUAGGACUGUCUAUGUUUCUGAUAUUGACCAACAGGUCACUGAAGAGCAGCUUGCAGGUUUAUUUGUGAGUUGUGGGCAGGUGGUUGACUGCCGCAUAUGUGGCGAUCCUAAUUCUGUACUACGUUUUGCCUUUAUUGAGUUCACUGAUGAAGACGGUGCACGGGCUGCUCUGAAUCUGGCAGGGACUAUGCUUGGAUUCUACCCAGUUAGGGUGCUGCCUUCGAAAACAGCUAUAGCACCAGUUAACCCAACAUUUUUGCCGAGGAAUGAAGAUGAACGCCAGAUGUGUGCAAGAACUAUCUACUGUACAAACAUUGACAAGAAGGUUACUCAAGCUGAUGUUAAACUCUUUUUUGAAACAGUUUGUGGGGAGGUAUACCGCCUGAGGUUGCUGGGGGACUAUCACCAUUCAACUCGCAUUGCUUUUGUUGAGUUUGUAAUGGCUGAAAGUGCGAUUGCUGCUCUCAACUGUAGUGGUGUGGUUCUGGGGUCAUUGCCCAUAAGGGUAAGCCCAUCAAAGACCCCAGUUCGGCCACGUGCUCCUCGCCUUCCCAUGCACUGAAUCAUCUUGGCGCUCCGAACUGAUUUUAGUACCAGUUUAUAUAUAUUUAAAAUACAUACACACACCCAUGUAAAGAUGUUUCCCAUGUUGAUGGUCUGCCUGUUUUAUAUAUAUUGUCAUCCUCCGCUGCUAUGCCUGGGGGCAUUGUUACUAUAGGAGUCAUCUUUUGUUUAUCCUUGCAACUUGCAAUACAUAGAGUUGGAUGGAACUUCGAGGCUUUGAAAGAUGUUAUGCAUUAUUGCUCACUAAUGUGGAUUGGGUCUGUCCCAAAAUUAAACUUCUCUUUGCACUUUUUGGUAAUUAAAGGCUAUAUGACUGAUGAAGUGGUUCUUUAGUA